UAGUGCAAGUGUCAAAAUUUCUACUGUAUGGCGUAUAUUAUAAAAUACAGAAUAAAAAAUAGCACUAUUUUAAGUACAUAUUUCAAAUAUUUACCCGGCUUUUGCAAGAGAGGAGAUCGUUUCAAUUAAAUUGAAGAAUAUCAUAUCUUCAAUACUUAGCUUUCACAACAUUGCAUGUCGCUGUAACAUAACCUCACUAUCACUCUUUUCUUAAAACUUGUUUAUUAAAACUAUUAUGAGUGCUUUAACUCAAAAUGCCUCACACGAUGAACCUAAGACGCAAAUUCAACAAAAUUUGGAAGACGAAGUCGUACAGGAUAUAUUGAAGACAGGAACUGACCUACGACAGUACUCAAAACAAAUCGAAAAGGAAUUGAAAGAGGUUGAGAAUAAGUCGAUACAAGACUACAUUAAAGAAAGUCAAAAUAUUGCGAGUCUCCAUAAUCAAAUUUCAGCUUGCGAUCAAAUUUUAGAACGGAUGGAAUUUAUGUUGCUCGAUUUUCAAAAUGACUUGGGAAGCAUUAGUAGCGAAAUUUUGUCUUUACAGCGUAAAUCGGUCUCAAUGAGUCAGGAGUUGGCAAACCGACAAGCCGUACGGGGACAACUCAGUCAAUUCAUUGACGACAUGGUUGUGCCUGAAUCGUUAAUAACCGGUGUAUUAGAUUGUAAUAUUACAGACAAGGACUUUUUGACUCAUCUUCAAAUUUUGAAUCACAAAUUGAGCUUUGUCAAAGAGCAGAGUUUUAAGGAGUCAAAGUCAUGUUUGGACGUUAAAGACAUUUUGGAGAAAUUGAAAAUAAAGGCCAUGUCGAAAAUUCGUAGCUAUCUAUUGGAGCAGGUGUACAAGUUUCGUAAACCCAUGACCAACUACCAAGUGCCGCAGAAUGUGCUCUUGAAGCACAAGUUUUUUUACGAGUUCGUGUUGUCGAACGAACGUAAUGUUGCACAGGAGAUUUGCAAUGAGUACGUCGAUACCAUGAGCAAAGUGUAUUUUUCGUACUUCAAGUCUUAUUGUGGGAGAAUUAUGAAGCUACAGUACGAGGAGUGUGCGACAAAAGAUGACUUGAUGGGUAUUGAGGACACCGCCUCCAGAGGGCUUUUUCAUAAAACUUCUCUUAAACAUAAAACCACAGUGUUUUCUAUAGGAAACAGAGGCAGCGUGUUGGCACAGCAAUUGGAAGAACCUAUAAUCGUACCUCACGCUCAAAUGAAGAAUCGUUACCCAUUCGAAGCGUUGUUUCGGAGUGAACAGUAUGCGAUGGUUGACAAUGCCUGCCGAGAGUAUCUGUUUGUUAGCGAGUUUUUUAUGGUACGAGGACCUCAAGCGCUGGAUCUGUUUAACUAUAUUAUGGGGAAGACUAUUGGCUUAUUAACUAAAAAUUUGGAAACCUUCGUCGCCGAAUGUUACGAUAUGAUAGCAUUGUUCCUUUGCUUCCAUUUAAUCCUUCGUUAUCAAUUAAUGUGUCACAAAAGAUGCGUCCCUGCCCUAGAUAAAUAUUGGGAAAAUUUGCAGGCCAUUAUACUGCCACGAUUCGAGCAGGUAUUUCGAUUGAAUAUCAACAGCAUUAGAGACUGUGACCCCACAAAGUUUAACAGAGAAAUGGGACCUCACUAUAUAACACGUCGUUAUGCAGAAUUUAGUGCGGCCUUAGUCGGUAUAAGCGAGAAUUUCCCGAACGAACUAGUUAAUAAACUCCUGGCAGAAUUGCAAGAGGAGGUCGAAUUGUUUAUACUGCGGAUGGCUGCCAUUUUUCCUCAGCGCAAAGAGCAAUUGAUCUACCUCAUUAAUAAUUACGAUAUGGUUUUAAAUAUCAUAAUGGAGAGAACGAGGGAUAACUCAAAAGAAGCGGAAAGUUUUCGCAGUAGAUUAGCGGUGAAAAGUGGCGAAUAUGUAGAAGAGAUACUCAGUCCUCACUUUGGUGAAAUGAUGCAGUUUGUCAAGGAAUGCGAGCACCUGGUCGAAAAAGGGCAACAACAGCAGUUAAAGAAGUACGAUGCCAAAUCGUUGAGUUUAGUUCAAAAUUUCUCUAGUACUUGGAAAAAAUCUCUGGAAGAGUUAAACCGUGAGGUUGUCAUAUCAUUCCCCAAUCUCGUUACCGGAUCUAGCCUACUACAGCUGGCGUUAACACAGCUGGUGCAAUACUAUCAUAGGUUUCAUAAGUUACUCACGCCAAACACAAGAACACAAUUAACAAAUAUACAUCUGAUUAUGGUGGAAUUAAAGAAAUAUAAAACUGUUUAUUAAGCCCAUUAUUUAUAGAUAAGUUUAGAUAAUAUUUAUAACUCUUAUUGUUAUUUGUUUCAUAUUCUGUAAGUAUUAGAAUACCUAAUUAAAUCAAUGAGAUGGUCUAAA